UGUAAGCAGUAUGGCGGAAGUGGAGGAGCAGCUACCUCUCUCUCCUCAGGACGGUAGCCGAAACGAGUGUGGAGAAGAGCCACCGGAUAGGGGAGCUGUGGUGGGGGUUGCCGAGCCGGCUCCCCCUUCAGCCGGCUCCCCGGUGACCGAGGAACCUGCCGAGGACUCCAAGAAGAAAAUUGACGUCCUGCUGAAGGCUGUGGGGGACACGCCGAUCAUGAAGACCAAGAAGUGGACCGUGGAGAGGACCCGCACCAUCCAGGGGCUCGUUGACUUCAUCAAAAAGUUCCUCAAGCUGGUGGCCUCGGACCAGCUGUUUAUAUAUGUGAAUCAGUCCUUUGCUCCUUCUCCAGACCAGGAAGUCGGGACACUCUAUGAGUGUUUUGGAAGUGAUGGCAAACUUGUACUGCAUUACUGCAAAUCUCAAGCGUGGGGAUGAAUGGUAAGCAGCCAUUGAUGCCCAGGACUGGCCUUCAGAAAGGAAAAGGCCUCUGAUAAUCUUCAGAAACAAUGCCCAUGGACAUGCUGAAGAGAAUUGUAUAUUACUGCCUAUGAAUUUAUUUUAUUCUGUGCAUUUAUCUACAAAAUGAUGCAGAUGACUUGCAUAAAAGAAGAGCUACAUAGAAUUACGUGGCUGAGUAGCCUUUCUUCCUUGUGUCAUUUGUAGUGUGGGGGAAAAAAUUGCAUGUGCCAUCCGUAGAAUAGAGCCAUCUUUCCUGCUGCAGAGCUCCUUGGUUGCCACAUAUGAAAGGACAUUAUUUCAUGUCUUGUGAACUGCAUAACUCUCCAUUGCUCUGAAUACUGUAUUGAGGAUAUAGCUUUCCUUUAUUAGGAAGGGUACUUAUUGCACUUGUGCACGGGGAUUCAGUUUACUUCUGACAUAAUGUUCAUCUCUAUUAUGUGCAGUUUAAUCUCUUACCUGUUGUGAAGUCUUUACUUUGAAUGUGUAGUGUCUCACUUACGCCUCACUUCAGGCAAGUAUUUUAUAGGUUUGUCUCAUAAGUAACAUAUAUAAACAGUUGUACACAAGGUAAAAGGAGUAUUUUCAUACUGUAUACUCUCUCACACCUUAAGCUAUGAGAGUAUUUGAUACAGCUGCGUUUCCUGAACCUUUUUUUUUUAAUUUUUCCCUUUAGCAAUAGCAGGACACAUGUUUCUUACCUUUUUCCUAUUUGUUUAAUAUUUUCACCAAAGCUAUAAUAUACUUGGAAAAAUGUCCCUGGCAGCUCUCACCUACCAGCAACAGCAGAAAGAGAGUGACCCAGCUAUUGACUCUUUCAGUUUCAUGGAAAUAAAUGUUGGAUGUCUAAAGCCUACUAUAAGCAUACUUCCACUUAUGCUCCUCAUCCCCUGCUUCAUCUGCUGUAUUGUCACUGUUCCAUCAAAAGAAAUGGAACACCACUUUGGGAUAUUUUGAUAACUGUCACAAAGUAAUCACAGGAAAUGGUUCUCCUGAAAGAAAAGGACUUCCUAUCACAAUAACGGGAAGAAGGAUACUGAGUCUCCAUCCCACCCAUGCACUGACAUCUACCCUGUGUGGGAAAGGAGCCUUGCCAAACAGUUCUGUUUAGGGGAUGGGCAAAGGCUUAAUCAGGUUCCUCUACCAAAUCACUUCCCCUUUUUAUUAACAUGAAGGAAAACUAAAGAAUUAUCCGCAGUCUGCUAAUCUAUUAAUAUGUAAUUGUAAAUUUGGCUGCUUGCUAAUAUAUGCUACCCAAAAGUGUGGCUAUAACCUCUGCAUGCAUAAUUUUUGUUCUAUUUAGGCUGUUUUAAUAAACUCGAUAUUUCUUUUUUCAUGUUGAAAGCUAAAUCAAAAUUCUUUGAUUUCAGCUAACCAAGUUGCAACCAUCUCUAAUUUAUGCAAAUGUGUUGAGUAUUUAAGUGUCUGUCUAUAUUUAGACAAUCAGAAUUCUGAAGGAUUAUGAAUAGGUGUGUUCUAAAUCUGUUUCCAAAUGAAUUAUUUUAGUAAUAAUUACUAUAUUUUUAGAAAACUGAUGCACACAAGUUUAUAAUUCCUUAUUUAUGAAAUGGCGUCUUCCAAUAAAUACAAAAACAUUCUAAAACAGUUAAAUGAGUGCCCCUUUGAUUAAAAUUCAAAACCAGAAAAAUAAAUUCCUGUUGUUCUUUCAGAGCCAACUAUUGGGUUGCUCUGAAGCAAUUGUAACCUUGAACAGCCACUAGAGGGUACUUGACGAUAAAAAGAUUUGCACAUUUUUCAAUAGGUUUUGGAAGUGAUUUUGUAUUCCCAUUUUGCCUGCUAAACACAUUUGAUUAGGUUUCUCUCAAGCUUGUGGCUUCUAUGUGGCAAUGUGGUUUAUCUCUUAGCCAACCACAACCCUGGCUCUCUCUAAUUAGUUUUAGACUGAGCCUGUUCAUCUCAGUUGUUUUAAUUAAUCAAACUACUGGUGUGGUGCAUAUGGACAUGUGGAAUGAUGCGAGAAGCAGAAAAGGAAAGAAUAGAAAUGAGAGGCGGAAGAGAUAUAAGUCAUCUUAUCCAUCCACCUACCACUGCAGGAUUGUUCGUCUUGCUGCAUUAUCAGUUUUAUCCUUUUGAGUUUUAAAUGAAGCAAGGGAUGGGGCUUCUCUUGCUUCCUCGGGGGCUAUUUUACAGUGGUAAUAGACCUCAUUGUUAGGUGUCUGUUUCCUUGCAUUCAACAUAUGUAUUAAUUUGCUCAGUUUUGUCCUAUUUCAAAUUUAGAAUCAUAGGGUUAAAAGGGACUGUGAGGAUCAUCUAGUCUACCCCCUGCCAAGAUGCGGUAGGGGGUAGAUCUCAUUUAUUUAGAUAAAAUGUGCUUUUCCUCAGGACUUGGCAGGUCCAUUCAACCACACUAAAUCAUUCCUGUUUGUCCUUGCAUUUGCACUUUUUAUAGACUUAGACAGUUGUUCUUUUCUUCCCCCACUUGUUAGCUAAAAAAUAUGUUUAGUUUUUUGUCUCUGAACUGGUGGGGUCUAGGGUGAUUCCCUUAUUCGCUCUGGUUCCUCUCCUAUGAAUUCAUUCUUAUUCUGUCUUUCUGGCACUGAGAGGUAGUGCUAGUCUUUUAAUCUCCUUUCAGUACAGCUCUUCACAUGUACCAGCAUUUUGCUUCAAGGGUACAGCCGGGAGGCUUCUUGGUGGUCCUCUUUUCAGCUGCUUCUAGCAGUGAUCAAGUGGCCAGCUCUCCAUUGACCACAAUAAAGCACUCUGAAGAUUACCAGUGAUCCAUAUGCCACCAUUCAGGAUAGCAACUCCUCCCUAAAAGGGGAAAUUCUUUAUCUGAGUCUGUCUGAAAUUAUGGAUUAUUGUAUAAACUUCCUAAAGGUGAGUCACAUAGCUUAUUAAGGUGAGUGAAUAAAUGGCUAGCAGGUAGAAGAAUCUGAGUCAGAAGUGUGUGGUCUGUGGAAUCUGGCAAGGAAUGAAACCCCACAGUAAAUAUAGCUUUGACUAAACCAAUUUAAAUAUAAUGUGUAAUAUCUCAAUUUGCAGAUGAGCCUAAAAUGAAGGACGUGGUUAAGAAACACGGGAGGUAACUGUAUGGCAGGAUAAUUUUGAUAGAUCAGGCAUCUAGUCAAGAGGUGAAAUAUGAAUUGUAAAAUAAUCUCAGCUAUGUAUAGUUUAAAUGACACUGAGUUAAUUAAUGCAGUAUAACUGAAGAAAUACAUAGCUAAAUUGGAGGGAGUACAGUCUAGGGCAACAGAUGGUAAAGGAAAUAAGAAUAGUGAUAAAGUUUCUUUAUCAUGAAAUGUGAUGAGUGAGAGGUGACAAACUGAAAUAUUUUUAAACUAGAUAGGGUUUAUUAUAAAAUUAAACCAUGAAGGUUGAUGACUGGGACCAUUGACAUCACACUAGGAUGGGGUGGCAGACUUAAUCUGUGAGGAAUUAAGGGAAAUCUUACACAUCAUGGCCCAGUCCUAAAGCUCUUAAUCACAUGGAGCUUGAUUAUGCACCUUUUCUUGCUAUGGGUAAUCUCCACCUCUCAGAGUGUUCACCAGUGUGGGUAAAUAAAACGUUAGAAUCCAUUUGGGUUGUAGGAUGAGUGGGGAAAAAAAGAUAAACUGUAAUAGAAGUAAGAGAAAAUAUGCAUAUUUUCAUUUUUCUUAUUUAAAUACAUUUCAUAAACUAUAUUAACUAGAACUGUAUCUGUGGUAAUAUAGCCUCUCAAAAUCCAAGUUCAUUUAAUGCAUGGAAGGAAAAUACAAUAGUCAUGUGACUGCCUGAGCAAUUUAUGGGCGUCAUGGCAUUACUGUGCAGUUUCAUGUAUCUGGACCAACAAGUACUAGGUUGUAUGCUGAAAUUACUUCUAUUCUCAAAUUUUGGCUAAAAAUAUCAGAAAAACUGACAAAAUAAUUUGGAAACUGAUAUGAAUUUAAUAUUUAAUGUGUUAACCUACACAUUUUUAAAUCUACAGAACUAGAUAGCUUUCAUUCAAGAGUUUAAAAAAAAUUGGCUGAAGAACUGUUGAGUAAUGUUAAUUCUUGACAAAUCUUGGAACAUUGGGGAAGUUUUAGAGACUGGGAAAAAGCUAAUGUCUUGCCAAACUUUAAAAAAAAAAAAAAAGGCUACAUAGUAACUAUGGGCCAGUUAUCUUGACAUCGAUCCAAGGCAAAAACAUGGAAAGGCUGAUACGGGAUGCAAUCAGUUAAAAAAUAAAGAAAGAAAGAAAGAAUGGUAGUAUAAUUGAUGCAAUCAAGAUGGUUUUAUGUCAAGUACAUCUUGUCAAACUAUUUUUUAUGACAUUAAAAGCUGAAUUGAUAGAGGUAACUAUUGAUAUAGUAACUAUACCUACAUGUUAUACAUAGAUGCGUGUAAGUCAAAUGACUCUCUCAUGUAUAUUCUGAUAUUAAUAAAUACCACUAUACCUAAUCCAUAGAUCUAUUAAUGAAUUAAAAACUUAAUAUCCGAUAAAUAUUAAAAAGUAAUUGUAAAUAGGGAGGCGUCUAAGGGGGUGUUUCUAGCGGGGUACAUCCAGGAAUUUGUUCUUGGUCUAAGCUAUUUAAUAUUUCUAUCAGUGAUCAGCAAGAACAUAUAAAAUCAUUGCUGGUAAAAUUUUCAAGUGACACAAAGUGGUAAAUAAUGACAGCUCAAUUCUACAGAACAAUCUGGUUUGUUUGGUAAACUGGGUUCACUUGAACCUUGAACAACAUGAUGUUUUUGUUUGCUGUUUUUUACACAGCUAAAGGGGAGCCAAAGGUGUAUAAGGUCAUACAUACCAUUAUGAACAAAGAAUGCAGGUCUCACUUAUAGGAUGGGGAAUUGUAUUUUGGAAAGCAGUAAUUCAGAAAAAAUACUUGGGGCCACAGUAAAUAAUCAACUGAACUUAAUCUGUUAAUGUGAUGUGGUGGCUAAUAGCUAGUGCGAUCCUUGGAUGUGUAAGCAGAGGAAUAUAGAGUAGAAGUAAGGAAAAGGUGGUAUUACUACUGUGUGUAGCAUUAGUGAAAUAGUUACUGGAAUAAUGUUUUCAGUUCUGGUGUCAACACUUUAAAAAUACAAAUUGGACAGAGUUCAGAAAAGAGCUCUACGUGAAUGGUCUGGAAAACUUGCCUCACGGUGAGAAGAAAUUCUAUUUAGUUUAUUCAAGAGAAGGCUAAGUGGUGACUUCAUCGUGGUCCAUAGGGAAAAGGUUCUGAUAUAAGGCUUUUCAAUCCAGACUACUAUCUGGCAAAAGUAUAACCAGAUCCAAUGGCUACAAGUUGAAACUAGACAAACUCAGACUAAAAAUAAGGUGUAAAGUUUUAGCCAAGAGGGUAAUUAGUCAUUGGAACAACUUAUCUAGGAAUGUGAUGGAUUCUCCAUCACUUGAAGUUUUUGAGUCAAGACUGAAUGUCUUUCUAAGACGCUCCAGCUCAAUUAGGAAUUAUGGGCUUGAUGUAGAAUUAUAGGGUGAAUUACAGAAUGAAAUGUAUGAAGCAGGAAGUCAGACAAAAUGAUCAUAAUAGUUCCUUCUGAUCUUAGAAUCUAUGAAAAGUUUAAAAAAGUGUGACAAGUGUCAAAUCAAAUUUGACUUUCACUGUUUCCUAGUCAACUUGUUUGUUGCUUUAAACUGUAGUUCUGACUAUGGAAGUUCACUUGGUAUACAGCAUCAGGGUAAUAUAAUCUGAUCUUGCCUUGCUGUGACAGUCUCUGUACCAUUUUUCCCCCUUGUCACUUCUUACGGGAAUAGUAUUUGAUAGUGCAGUAUUUCAGCUAUAUCUGCACAGAUGGUAAUGUUGAUGUAAAUGUCUAAACUACUUCAUUUGGUUUAGUAUAUUCUGAAUGUGUUAUUAAAGGUGUAAAGUAUUUUUA